AUGGCCGACCAGGGCUCCCCGCCCGGUAAUCGUUCCGGCUCCGAUGACUUAUCAGAUCAAUUCCAUCCAGCUUACGAAUUCCUCAACAACGCCGACGAAGAUGAUGACGACGAUAUGGACUUUGACCCGGAGACAGGUGCAUCGAAUCCACUGAUCUAUUUCGACGUAGAUGCAGGGGAUGCCGACGAUGAUGAUGUUGAUUACGAGGUAGAGGAGGAUGAAGGACCAUAUGUAAUUGGAGGAGGGGCCGAUGACGAUGAAAGAAUCUUGACCAUGGGUGCUAUACUUGCACAGCAGACAGCGGCGGAAGAAGAAGAAGAAGAAGAAGAUCCUCAACCAUCGCAAACAAGAGCAAGAUUGUUCCAACUGCUCGGCCCCGCAGGACUUCAAGCACUACUUCAGUCGCACGGUUUAAUCACUGGCAGCACCCAUUUUGUCAGUGGAGCGCUCGAUGAUGACGAUGGUUUCAGUUACGGAUCCUCGCGAUUUAAUCGGCGACGACGUGCGGAGCGUCAUCCUCCUCCAAAGGUGCCUAGUGAGAAUGGAAUAGCAUUGAUGAACUCUGGGUUUUAUGGCAACAAUACCAGCUAUGUGGAUGAAGCGAAGAGGCGGAAGAAGAAAUUGGCGACGCGGAUUAUGUGGCGUGAACUUGGUAUUGGGGCACCUGGAGAACGAAGCCGGGAUACACGAUUAGUAUUUCAGGACUUGAUACCCUCAAGUAAACCAGAAAAGAUCUUACGCUUUGACGAACCAUGCUAUUCUGGCCAGUUUUCAGACGACGGAAACUUUUUCUUUAGUUGUAAUCAAGACUUCAAAGUGCGCAUGUACGAUACAUCUAAUCCUCACGAUUGGAGAUACUACAAGACAGUCCCGUUCAUGGGAGGCCAAUGGACAAUCACAGACGCCACGCUCAGCCCAGAUAACAAAUGGCUUGCCGUUAGUUCAAUCCAGAGACAAGUUACUCUUGCAUCAACAGAUCCUAAUGACACGUCCGACCCUUUGAUACUCGACUUUGCACCAAAUCGGAGACAUUAUAACGGCCGGUUUGGAAUAUGGUCUCUUCGCUUUUCCGGUGACGGUCGAGAAAUCGUUGCUGGUACGGCCAAUAGCAGUGUCAUUGUAUAUGAUAUUGAAACGCAGAGGCCCAUCCUUGAGCUAGAGAAACAUCAAGACGAUGUCAAUGCGGUCUGUUUUGGCGAUUCCUCAUCACCCCAUAUUCUCUAUUCUGGUUCGGACGAUACCACAAUCCGAGUGUGGGAUCGACGAUCUAUGAACGACAGUCGCGAAGCCGGAGCCUUUGUAGGCCACACCGAAGGCUUAACCUACGUUGACAGCAAGGGAGACGGUCGUUACGUUCUAUCAAAUGGCAAAGACCAAACCAUGAAACUAUGGGACCUGCGUAAAAUGAUCACCACCGAGAAAUUCGACAAGAUCAACAUCGAUAAGUAUACCACUGGUUUUGACUAUCGAUACACGCCUGUUAGUAUGGACUAUAAGCCACAUCCGCAUGACUGCUCCGUUGUGACUUAUCGGGGCCAUAAAGUGUUGAGAACGUUGAUCAGAUGUCAUUUUUCGCCGCCGUCUAGCACGAAUUCUCGAUAUGUCUAUACGGGUAGCUAUGACGGCAAAGUGUAUGUAUACAACAUUGACGCAACGUUAGCCGGGGUCAUCGACGUCGAUAGUGCUGUAUCAGCGGGUAGGGAUCCGCAUGAAAUGGAUGAAUUUUCGCAGUAUAGCAUGGGCAUAUUCGACAAUCAUGGCACGAUCGUGAGGGAUGUAAGCUGGCAUCCGUCAGUGCCUAUAUUAGCCGCAUCGUGCUGGAAUAGCAAUGGAGAAUCCAGGGGAUCAUGCUCUAUCCAUUCCUGGAAUGAUUCAAACUCCGAGGAUGAGGGAGAUCCUGUCAUGGGGACGGAGUAUGACGAGAAGCUGCGUCCCUGGAGAGUACACCAUAUGAGAGCAUGA